GGCGAGGAGUCAGGAGGGAAGAGGAUAAGCCAGGGGGGGAGAGGCAGAGAGGAGCUUCGUGCUGAGUGCCAGGAGGUACUCCCAUAGAGUCCUCUCCACCACCUGGGGGUGAGGCUGACCUGUGGGUGCCCUUGGAGGGACUCCCCAGGGAGGGAACCCAGCUCCUGAAAGCCCACGUGAGGCUCCCUCCAUGCUCUCCUGCAGGGGAGGGGAGAGUCCCUUUGGGGCUGGCUCCCUCCUCUUCAUCUUCCUCUCUCUGCCUCUCCUCCAUGCCCCCUCCCAGUUCUUCAUUCUGUCCUGCAUCUGUUCCCUUUUUCUGCCUUCCCUGCUCUCCUGGUCUCUCUCCCUUAGUCUCACUGUCCUGGCUUGUCCUUUUUCCUCGUUUCUGCCCUCCUCGCUUUGUGUUCAGGAUCCUUCUCCCCGGUCAAGAUUUCUGACUCUCCCUUGCCGUUCUGUUUCUUGCCUGCCAGCUUCCUAUCACUCCCCAGGCUGACUCUGCUUCUCUGACCCUACUCCCAGGUCAGCCCUCGGGAGUCCUCCUCCUUCUGGUUCUAUAGCUCGGACUCCUCCUCUGACCGGCCCCUCCCCCCACUCCCCCCCUGCCCUGCUCACCUUUAAUUGAGAUGCUAAUGAGGCUUCUGUUGCUUCCACCCAGGCCAGCGGGCGGGCUCCCAGGCCGGUCUCUGCACCUGUCAGGGCUCAUGAAGGGAGACAAGUGUGAGGAGCCGGGGCCGGACCCCAAGUCCGCGGCCCCCCAGCAGCCCACGGAGGAGGAGGAGGCCCUGAUCGAGUUCCACCGCUCCUACCGAGACCUGUUCCAGUUCUUCUGCAACAACACCACCAUCCACGGCGCCAUCCGCCUGGUGUGCUCCCAGCACAACCGCAUGAAGACGGCCUUCUGGGCCGUGCUCUGGCUCUGCACCUUUGGCAUGAUGUACUGGCAGUUCGCCCUGCUGUUCGAAGAGUACUUCAGCUACCCCGUCAGCCUCAACAUCAACCUCAACUCUGACAAGCUGGUCUUCCCCGCUGUGACCGUCUGCACCCUCAAUCCCUACAGGUACACGCAAAUCAAAGGGGAGCUGGAGGAGCUGGACCGCAUCACGGCGAAGACGCUCUUCGACCUGUACAAAUACAACUCCUUUAACACCCUCGGGGGCCAUCCCCGCGGCCGCCGCGGCCUCCGGGAGGCCCUGCCGCACCCCCUGCAGCUCCUGGGGGACCCGGACUCGCCCCCCGCGGCUCGCAGAGCCCGCAGCGUGGCUUCCAGCAUGCGGGACAACAACCCCCAGGUGAACUGGAAGGACUGGAAGAUCGGGUUCAAGCUGUGUAACCAGAACAAAUCCGACUGCUUCUACCAGACAUACUCAUCAGGGGUGGAUGCGGUGAGGGAGUGGUAUCGCUUCCACUACAUCAACAUUCUGUCGAGACUGCCAGACUCCUUUACGUCCCUGGAGGAGGACAAGCUGGGCAACUUCAUCUUCAGCUGUCGCUUCAACCAGGCCUCCUGCAGCCAGGCGAAUUACUCUCACUUUCACCACCCGAUAUAUGGAAACUGCUACACGUUCAAUGGCGAGAACAACUCCAACCUCUGGAUGUCUUCUAUGCCUGGGGUCAACAAUGGUCUAUCCCUGACACUGCGCACAGAGCAGAAUGACUUCAUCCCGCUGCUGUCCACAGUGACCGGGGCCAGGGUCACGGUGCACGGGCAGGAUGAGCCUGCCUUCAUGGAUGAUGGUGGCUUUAACUUGCGACCUGGUGUGGAGACCUCCAUCAGCAUGAGGAAGGAAGCCCUGGACAGACUUGGGGGCAACUAUGGAGACUGUACAUAUAAUGGCAGUGAUGUCCCUGUCAAGAACCUUUACCAUUCCAAGUACACACAGCAGGUGUGUAUUCACUCUUGCUUCCAGGAGAGCAUGGUCAAGGAGUGUGGCUGUGCCUACAUCUUCUAUCCACGGCCCGAGCAUGUGGAGUACUGUGACUACAAGAAGCAUGAUUCCUGGGGCUACUGCUACUAUAAGCUCCAGGGUGCCUUCGCCUCAGAUCGUCUGGGCUGUUUCACCAAGUGCCUGAAGCCAUGCAGUGUGACCAGUUACAAGCUCUCUGCAGGUUACUCUCGAUGGCCCUCCGUGACAUCCCAGGACUGGGUCUUCCGGAUGUUAUCCCUACAGAAUAAUUACACCAUCAAAAACAAAAGAAAUGGAGUUGCCAAACUCAAUGUCUUCUUCAAGGAGCUGAACUACAAAACCAAUUCUGAGUCUCCCUCCGUCACGAUGGUCACCCUCCUGUCCAACCUGGGCAGCCAGUGGAGCCUGUGGUUCGGCUCCUCGGUGUUGUCUGUGGUGGAGAUGGCGGAGCUCAUCUUUGACCUCAUGGUCAUUACAUUCCUCAUGCUGCUGCGGAGGUUCAGAAGCCGAUACUGGUCUCCAGGCCGAGGGGGCAGAGGUGCCCAGGAGGUGGCCUCCACUCCAGCUUCCUCCCUCCCUUCCAGUGUUUGCCCCCAGCUCCCCUCCUCAGCCUCAUCCCUGGCAACCCCUGAUACUUCCCCAACCUUGACUGCCCCUCCACCGGCCUAUGCCACCCUGGCCGCCUGCCCAGCUCCCUCCAGCUUGGCAGGGGCCAACUCCUCUGUCUUCACUCUGGAGGAGCCCUGAGAGGAAACCUGAGAAGAAAGGAGAGUGUCAGCCCCCAAGGCAAGCAGCUUCCCUUGGUGGGUGGGGACAAACCUUGGCAGGAUUAAAGAAUGUUUUGGGCUUGUUCUCAGCUGCCCCAACUGUCUUUGGUGUGGAGGAGGAAAGCAGCAUGAACGAGGGGCUACAAAAAUUGCUUGGAAAACAGGGGCCAUAGAAGCUGCCCAGAAUUGCCCCUGGCUCCUGCCCAGUACCCCCUGGUCCUGCCUCUAGAACACUCUGGCUUCCUCAUGCAAGUGGAGAGAAAUCUCCUUUUCCCUUGGAUCAACCCAGUCAGACUUGGAGCUUUUACAAGGAACGUUCCUAGGAAACAAACGACGACAAGAGCAAAACAAGGGCAAACAAAGGCAUGCCCAGGUUUUCUACCCAAGGAUGACUGAAGCCAGCUCCGGACUGGCCCGGCCACACUGCUUUCCAGUGACACGGACAUUUGCUCCUCUUCUUGAAGUCGAGUGGGGAACCCCACCCAAAAGCCCCCUUAGUUAGUUCUUGGGCAAGCUCCCUCCCAUGACUCCCCAGAGUAGGGGCUGGAGCAGACCAGUGUAGUAAAGGCUUGGCGUUUCCAGUUGGACCCAGGACUCUUCCAGCCUCAUCUACCCCCUAC